AAUCAUUAUCAUUGAGGCCUAGGACUAGUUUUAGCCACAAACUCAGAUCCUCUCAGCGGUCAGCACUUAGCACUACUAUAGCACUUUUUAUAGACAUUGUUGUCACUCGUAAAUUUAAUUAUAGACGGUUUUCGAAAACCCGACGGCUCAAGUUAUUCAUAAUCUUCAUAAUUUCUUAUCGUUCCGUUCGCGGUGAUGUGAUAAUAAUAUUGUUGUAGCCUGUUUGGUAUUGAAUCGUCUCAGGUAAACGUGCAGCUAAAUAAACGCUGCUAAAAAAAUUACUAAACGACAAUUCAGUAACUCUUUAUAAUAUACUCCUUCAACUCAAACGUUUUGGGUGAAUACAGAAGAUUCAUUGUGAAGUAUAGUGUCAUAGCCGUGAUAUCAAACUGCUCGACCAAUGGCGGACUCCAGAUGCUGUUUCGGGUGUUCUAACGUGCGCAAGGGUGCGUGGGUGAUAUCAAUCUUCGACAUGUUGAUUUGUAUAAUACUCACGGUGAGAGCUCUUACUACGCUAAACAUCACCCCAUAUACGUAUACAUACAAAGUAAAAUUGAAUUCGUAUGAUGAUGGAUCCAUCACCAGUGAGCAUCGUGUUCAACUAUUGGAAAGGGAUUUCAACUUAUUUAGUCAAUUAUUUAUAAUUUUUCUAUUUUUUUAUGUCAACUUGAAUCUAAAGAAAGCCACUUUUAUACGGAACGCUCAAAGUAUCAAUCAGUGGUUGGUGGUAAACUCAAUAUUUUUUGUAUUUUUUGUUCUGUUUAUUGGUUUUACUACGGUAAAAAAUGCAUCACCUGAUAUAAUUCCUAUUGGAAUUCCUGUAAGCAUUGUUGUAGUGUACCAGAUUUAUGUCGUGAAAUGUUUUUAUGAUGAUGAACUUAAUGCUAUAACUCCACCUACGUUGCAUGCCACGCCAUAUGUGACCAUAACCAGUCAAACCCUUCAGACCCCAGUCUAUCCUGUGCAAGGUGGACCUUAUGUUAUUCAACAAGUGCAUCAGCCCAUUACACAAACUCCUUAUCCUCAGCAAACGUACCAGUAUCAGCCACAACAGCAAACUUCUUCUCAGUCUCACGUUGCUAUGCCUGUGCCAAGCCAACAAAGCCUUCAAGAGUAUUGUAACCCACCACCGUAUUCGCCAAGUUAUAAUACACAAGAAGGUCCUUCAGUGAAACAAUAAUUAUUAUACAGUAAAAUUAUUCAAUCCAUUAUCUUAUACAAUUAAUCCAAAACUUUUUUUUAUUAUGAUAUAUACAUUUCUGACUCUUGUAUGUGUUAUGUGUUGAAAAGUACAAAUUGUUUAUUGUAUACAAUAUUAUUAUUUACUACUUAUUUUAUAUUUAAUGAACCAUGUGAAGUACUAUGUGUUAAUCAUUUUAGCACUGAAUACUUAUUUACAUUAAUCUCAUUCAUUGCUUAAAAAAGAUAUAAGUGUGCAUUGAGCUUAGUUUUUAUAAUUAGUUCCGAUUUUUUUGAGUUUAAGUAUAUGAUUUUUAAAAUAUAAAUAAAAAAGAAACAUACGCAUUUUAUGUGUACUAUACUGCAGUAGUUAUGUAUUUAAAGUUAAUUUGUUUUUUAUUUAUUAAUUAAUCAAAACAAUCUAAGACUGUAUUAUUUUCUAAAAUAAAUUCAUCUUAGAUGUUUGUACAAUGUUUAAUUUAAUUCAUAUUUUGUAUAAGACUGUCUAAGAACAAAGUUGUAAUUUUUUUAUGUAAUCAAUAAAAAAAAACAUUGAUAUUUGA